GCAGUACAGAGGUCGCUCUACUUGCAUCAUAAACAUAGGCUGCGGUGGCCAUAGGGGGGCACCACCGGAAGAGUCGGGGUCCCGAAAAUCGCGAUCGCACAGUUGUUCUUGAAAGAAUGCAAUACGCGGACGUAUCGUGCUCGUAAGUACGAGGUCGAGCUGUCGUUCCGCGAGCGCAUUCGUUUCUGCCAAUACCGUGUAUGCAAACGACUCAGAAUCUCUCCGCGUUUAGUGACCGAUAAGCGCGGCGGCACCGUUCCGAAACAACGAAGCCAGUGCGCAAGAGGAAUACGUACGUGAACACCGACGACAGUGGCAAUAAGUAAUCCCGUAAGCUUCGUGCGCGCUCAGAUUCGACCGAAGGUAUUAUGUUGAUUCGAAAAGAUAAAGUGCAUCUACGUAAGUGAAUAGAGUGCCUCAACCCUAAUACACCGGGUCGCCCUAGCGAGCGGUUGACAGCUAGCAACCGUGAUCGAACAGAUUUUGCCGAUGACGUGCCGUGAACCGGCCCACGAGAAUACAAAGGUGUUGCAUGUUGCCUGCUAGCCACCACAGAAACGAGGCUCUCUGCAGUAGUACAUCGGCCGUCGAGGUGGGCCGCACCGACGAGACUGUGGACGUUCCUAGAUUGGCGAUGAAAAUUGAAACAUCCCAGGACAUGACGUAAAUGCCAUGGCUCAUAAAUCAAGGGGAAACGGCACAAUGAAGAAGAAUCUCGCGCCGUAGUCUCACCACCUGCGAUGUUAGUCACACAGACACCCUCCUCGAUGGACAACCCGCCGAAUAUGAUGUCGGUAGUCGAGGAGGAGGCGAACGUCGAUAUUGAUGACGCGUUUCCACCGCACGUCGACACGACCAACAUCGUGAUACAGCCGGAGUCACCUACUAGCAAGAAACAAACGCUAAAGACCUUCAACGAGGUCAACGCGCUCCUCCAAGCCGGCAGAAAAAGGGAGGUUAAGUUGAUCAUAAGGGAGAAUGCGUGGCCAUUGAACAACGGAAUUAGGACGCAGCUCUGGCCAGCCCUUUGUAGUCAACAUGCACACGGCAAGAACAUGCUGGACGGUUUCUAUUGGGAUAUGGUCAAUCAAGUGUUUGGGACUACAGAACUGCCGGAAAAAUCAAUCAUGUUACCGCCGUUUGUGGAUAGCACUCAUUGCCUGUCGUACAACCUGACAAGAAAAGGCAGGAGUGUUGCAGACAGGGUUGUAUCUGUGCUAGGAUACGCUUGCCCGGAUAUAACCUACAGUCCCUCUCUCUACCCAAUUACGGCGCUUCUUCUUCACUUUAUGCCAGAGGAGGAAUGUUAUCAUUGUAUGGCUAACCUGGUUGCUGCUAAAGACAAGAUGUUCAUUACGCAAACGAAGCUUCUCUACGAAGUUACCUGGAAAACUGUAGAGCAAAUCACCAAAAAACACGUGAAAUCAGCUGCAGUACAUUUAGCCAGACAUUGUUCAGGGUCAAGGGCAGAAAGAAUUUAUAUGGAUUGGAUUUGGUGGAUUCUACAGCUUCUUCCUUUCCAACAUCUAGUCAGGGUUAUGGACUGUUUCCUUCAUGAAGGCAUUAAGGUCUUCUAUCGAGUAGCAAUGGCUAUAGUUUUAUUAUUCUACAAGCAUUCAUCCUUGCAGAACUCUGAAUGGAUGAAUGAGAUUUCUAAGAACGGUAUUGACGCCGCUUUGUCGAAAUUUUGCAGGCAAAUACCGGUAACGCCGGCCAAAUUUUUACGUACCGCGUUUGGGAUACGUGGACUUAGCUCAGCUUACAUAUCAAGGGUAUUUGUGCGCACAGAAAUGGCUCUUAAGAGUAGAAGCGUUUUAACGGGAUCCAGAUCGUUGGCUCGUUCACGAUCCACGGACAAUCUACCAACGAGUCAGUCUCAAGUCAACAUUCAGAUGAUGUCGCACACACUCACGAUACGAGAAAAAGAGUGUGAAGACACAUACAAAGACAGGGGUGCACACAGUCCUGGACCGCGUGCUCUGUCAAUGGGCGUUUAUCCCAUACAAAGCAUAUGCUCCCAGAUUCUAGACAUGCCUGAUUUAUUCACAUUGUGGUCCUGGCUGCCGAUGCGGAUUACCAUGUACCAACCAAUACUACUGUACACAACAGAAGAACAUGGUUGUUCGUUAACGACGUUUUACGUAAGAGUAGAACAACACGAACCAACCCUGUUAAUGAUAAAGACCUGUAACAAUGAAGUGUUUGGUGCCUACUGCUCUACAAGAUGGUGUGAGCGUAAUUUGAAAAAUGAUAAAGGACAAAGACAAGCCUACUUCGGGACGGGUGAAACAUUUUUGUUCAGUUUAUAUCCUGAACGAGCAAAAUAUCCUUGGAUAGGAAUGGAUUCUUCGCACAAUGAUUCCAAGGUCCAUCAUUCAGCUGAGCUGUUCAUGGCAGCAGAUUCUAAAAUGAUAACAAUUGGCGGCGGAGAUGGGCAAGCCAUAUGGAUGGACGAAAACAUCAGAUUCGGUAAGACAGAUCGGUGCUCUACAUUCAACAACCCACCUCUUUGUGCUAGCGGCGACUUUGAGAUUAGGGUACUAGAAGUAUACGGUUUCGCUGGUGCUUGAGGAGAAUGCAAGUCUUUGCAUUACGACGUAUUGAUUUAUUUAAUUCCCUACUGCCAUUUAGUGACUCUGUUUCUAUAUAUACAGAGUUGUAUACAUUAUAUACAAGUAUCUUCGUGUAUGUGGAAACGUUAACGCAUCGACAUUAAACGCGGUAUUGUCGUAAUGCAUCCUCAAUCGCUUGCGGAGAACUAGUAUUACAUGUGCAUGUUUCGUUGCUGAGGCGCUAAAGAAGGUUCUGUACCGAAUGAGAUUACGUAGACUUAUGUCUCUUUCGUUUUAUGAAGCUUCCUGUUCGAUUAUUUGUCUCAAUGUUUGCAAAACAAAAAUGACUAUGCGAUUCUUGUAUUCAUUGUGUCGUGGAUUUCUUAUUAUAUUAAGCGUAACGAUAGAACGGCUACUGACGCGUAAACAUAGUCUGCGACACACUGAAUCUUGACAAUAAUCGACAUUGAGACGAAUCCUCAGUUGUGCGCAACUUUGCUACCCCAAAUGUACAUAUGUAUAAAACGAUUGGUUAUUUACGUGAAUACUUAAUAUUCAUUGGACUAGACGCUGUCAUUAUGUAUUUGUAUAUAUACGUGCAUAUAUGCAGAGAGAGUCUCUCAAGAUCGAAAUUGCGAAUAUCUUCAUCGUUCUUUUGGAAGGGACACAACUUUUUAAUCUUAGGUGACUCUCCCCGUAUAUUACCAUAUAUCGCAAGAUUAUUUCAUUAAAUUUAUUGUUAAUUAUACAGUUUUGUCAGAAAUGCUCGUAUAUAUGUGUUAACAUCUUGUAGUGUUUAUUACUUUAGUAUUGUUAUGUCUAGCUUUAAUCAGUUGUUAAAUACAAAACGCGAGAGAACCGAAGGGAAAAAUACUGUUUAUAUAUACAUAUAUAUAUAUAUAAUAUAUAUACAUAUAUGUUACAUAUUGUGUAUGUCACGCGUUACCUGUGUAUGUGUGUAUAUAUAGCAUAUACAGACGUGUACGUUAAUCUUAUAUAUUUUCCUAUAAAUAUUAGAAAUAAUGCCCCUUGCGCAACCAGAUUCACUACACUGGCAGAUCAUUCAUACGCAUAUACAUAUAUACUCGAUAAAAGUAAUCGUGAUCGACUGUGGAAAGACAUUCGAGGAAAAUGGCAGGGGGCGAAUGGUACUUCGAAACAACGAUAUCUUUGUUUUUUCUUUCCCUUUUUUUUUAUAAUUUCUCGGUGGUGAUUUCGUCGGAAAGAUUUUGCUAAAACCGGUUACGAAGCCAUAAUUUUCACUAGUAGUACUUUAAGAAUUUGUAUACUUUAAUAUAGCAUACGUAAUUCUUGUUGAUAGUGAACCAAGUCUAGUACAGACAGAACUAAGUACAUGUAUAUUUCCAUGCGUAAGCGUUCUCUCUUUUCUGCUUUCUUUUUUUCUUUUAGACACACUUCGGGCAUUCUGAAGAAGCGUAUUAGGGUGUUACUGUCGGUUAUAUAUCCUUCGUCUCUCUUUGUGAUCAAAUCUGUAUCGAUAUUAUACCGGUACACGAUUAACUCUUAGAGUACCUGCUUCUGUGUUUAGUUUCUUGUUGAUUUAUUUCUUUUAUAUUAUUCGAGAGUGAAAGGACGCGAGGAAGACUGGAAUCGAGCGUGAGUGAAUCUAAACGUAUCUCUAUUUAGAUUCCUUGGUUGUGAUGUAGAAGUGGCUGGCACCACUUUUGUCCGAGCGACAAUACGUACUAGUUAUAAAUGUUUGCGUAGGAGGAUCAUGUAUCUUUCACCCCCCGUCACUUUAUCAGCAAUUACAGAACAACACGAUACGGAAUAGGUUACGUUGUUCCGAACACGAACGUCACAUGUUAUACAAAGUGUCCCAUAGCCGUUUAUACAAUUUAAAAACAUAUGAAGACUAAGAUAAAAAAAAAGUUGUACAAUGAAAUUUCGAAUAAGACGCGUUUCACUUGUAAGGGAAUCGAGUUUCUAUAAUUUACUUGCCGAAUAUUUUAACUACCUAUAUCGUAUACAGUAGAUACUCAAAUUUAACAUUCUUCGAAUGAAAUAUUCUUCCAUAGAAAUUUUAUUCUACAUUUUCGACACACUUUUUCAUGUAGAGUACCCGUUAGGUACAACUCAACCGUUAUUUUAGUAUCGAAAUAUGAAAAAAAGAUUUCUGAAAAUAGAGCCUAAGGGUCGCUCCAUGUACCGAUUAAUUAUACUUAUGAUUUUUACUGACCUAGGUAGAUGGUUCGAGUCGAUCGGUUCUUCGUAUCAUCUUAUACGGUAUUUACAGGCAUAAACACUUGAAUGGACGAACAAUGUAACGAAGUACAAUCAAUAUUACACAUUUACGGCGCUACUGAACUCAAAUUCUAAAUGUAAUAAAGUUGUAUCGAACUUAGCAGUUGAACCCUUUCCCGACUUAUACGUACGUUUGUUAUAAUGUUGUGUCGCAACACCUACGAGUUGUGUGUAGCGUAGUGAAUAUGUAUGAACAGGUCGAAUGUAAUUACGACAAUUUACAUUCGAUUUGUCUUUGUUCCAACGACUUUUAAAUCCUGCGAAAUUAAGAGAGGGAAAAAGGGGAACACUGCUGAUCUCACUGAGGAGCCAAAGUAGUAUAGCGUGUUAAAUGUAGCCGUUUCACACUGUGGCAAGCCUGUAUCGGAAGAAUAACCGAAGUCAGAUGUUUCGCGUAUGCUCUUCAACCGCGAAAAAUAUCUUUUCCGACGGUACUUUAUUAUUGUCAAAGGGACUCGUAAUGUUACGCGAGUAUGAUUACAUGGAUUGACGCUACGAAAACAACAGGAGUCGAGAAUACAAUGAAACAGACCUGUGAACGGUUCGAGAAAGAGAAGGUGCAUUUCGUAGGAUGCGAGGAUAGUCAAAGAAGAGGAGAUCCACGUGCUUAAAAUUCAAUGGAAAUUAAAUUAUUUCAUUAUUUAAUUUAUGCUGCAUUAAAUUCAUCCGCUAUUGUAAGCUUGUUGCUAUAGAAUCGAACCAUUUCGUUUUCAUGCCACCGUCCUCUUUCUGACUACCGCAGGACGCACUUAUCAAAAAUAUUUCACGAACAAGUGGUUGCGAACGCUGUUGAUAUAAACGAUAAUUUUUUGUGGAACUAUAGUCGUGUGAUAACUGAAAAUGGAAUGAGUGAAUAUUUAUUUAUUGUGUAUUCAUAAUCGAGCGAAAGGUGAUGUGCUGAAAAUGGAAAGUAUUAUUGUUUAAAGUUUCUAAUGUAGCACAGCAUAACAUAAAUGUACACUAGAAAAUAAUAUAUAUAUGUAUAUAUAUAUGUGUAUAUAUAUAUAUAUAUAUAUAUAUAUAUAUACAUAUAUAUAUAUGUGUGUGUGUGUAUAUAAUAUAUAAUAUAUCCAUAUAAACUACGAAAAAAUGAAAAUAAACGUAAUUGAAUGGAGUGUUUUCAAGCUUUCCGCAAUGUUGUUAUGCUAUAUUACGUUAUAUAUAUACAUAUACACACCUAUAUAAAAUAAUAUGUAAUAUAUAUUUAUAUAUAUAAUGUAAUAUAUACGUAUAUAUAUAAUGUAAGUUGUACCGUUUCCGGAAACAAAUUGUUGCGUCUCGAUGCUACUUUAUCAUAUCAUCGUUGUGAAUAGAAUAUUGUUAUACACAAAUCUAUUGUCCCGUUUCAUCCUUCUAUUCUAAGAAGAAUAUCUCAUGUGACAUUCUUAACAUACACAUACAUUGCAUGUGACCCUAAGAGCCGAUAUGUGAAAGUAAAUUAUAAUGUAAAAUUAAUUUAGGCGUAUUGUGAAACUGAAAUCCUUGGAAUGAAUAACACUAUUGAAAUUGCCACCAAUAAAAACAAAUUUUUCUUCCAUUUUUUAUUAGUUGAUUUGUAUAUUUGAAUGACCAAUAAGUAAAAUGAAGUAAGACAUUUUUUUAGUGCAAUAAUCUUCUUAAUUAAUAUUUUUUUAAUCCAUUGGACCAAAAUUUUAUAAAUUUAGAGUUGUUAAUAGGAAUUGAAUUACCUAUGUACGUCAUUUUUGCUACUGGUAUUUAACCCAACUUAGCGACAACAAAUGAAUAUGAUGCGUACCUUCAAACGACGGGAAUAAUUAUUUAUUGAAUAUAGUGCUAUAAAAAUACAAUUUUCAUUAAUUCAUGAUAGUAAUCUAUUUUUAUGCUGUAUACUUAUACAAUAAAUUAUGUAGCUCCAAAAGCAAAGGUAUAAUAAAAUAAUACUGUGAUAGUUAAUAAUUUAAAUAAUUCCUAGGAUCGUUGUGCCAUAAAUACACCUACAUCAUUACAUUAAACAAAAUCAGCUAUAAACUUUUGAUACAUAAAUAAUUGAAAUUUUAAUGUAACAGAAACUAUUUAAUAUUUACCGAAAUUGAUAUUCUAUUACAGUGUAUUUAAUAUUCAUUGAAGUUUUAUUUUAACAUGAGUUGAAUUUAAUAUUCACCGUUUAUAUACUAUUACCUUUUAUUUAACUCGAACAAGUAAUGG